AUGAGUUCCAGGAAGCCGUUAACUAAAUCGCAAAAACUGCAGUAUGAAAAGAAAUAUGAAAAGAGAUCGCUUUACAUACCAAUAAAAUACUUUCUUAUCGCUAUUGUAAUUUUAUUAGCAGCCAGUUAUAAAUUGUAUUUCGUUAAAACUGAUGGUGAGAUACCAGAAAUAGACUUAGAGCAAUGGUGGGGCUCAUACCCAAUGAAUGAAAUUGAUACUUCUAUAAGACCAUUUAUGAUUGAAUUCUCCGAUGUAAAAGUAAAUGAUCUGAAAGAGAGAUUACUGCACCGAGCUCAAUUCGCACCUCCUUUAGACAGUGCCGGCUUCUCAUAUGGCUUCAAUAGUCUGUUUCUGCCCAAAGUACUGGAUUUCUGGCAAAAAGAAUACAAUUUUGAGGAACGAGAACGGUUCUUGAAUAAGUACAACCAUUUCACCACUGGCAUACAAGGCUUGGAUGUACAUUAUAUGCAUGUGAAACCUGAUUUGGGUGUUGGAGAUGAUAUUACUGUUGUACCAAUUCUCUUGAUCCAUGGCUGGCCCGGCUCUAUCCGAGAGUUCUAUGAACUGAUACCAAAGCUUGUAACUCCUCGACCCAACCAUAACUUCGUCUUCGAAGUCAUUGCUCCUAGCAUUCCAGGAUUUGGGUAUUCUCAAGCCCCAGUACAACAAGGCAUGGGGGCAAAAGAAGUAGCAGUUGUCUUCUACAACCUAAUGAAGCGCAUUGGUUACACAAAGUACUACGUGCAAGGCGGUAACUAUGGUGCAAAGAUUGGAUCCGUUAUGGCUACUCUGUUCCCUGAUACUGUGCUAGGAUUCCAUACCAACACACCGAGUGUAACGUGGAGUCCUAUGGCUAUAUUUUAUGCUUUAUUUGGAACAAUAUGGCCAAACUUUAUAGUGGAGCCUAGCCUGGCAGACCGCAUGUACCCACUGUCACAGUACCUGAGCACAAUCAUGCAGGAGACCGGACACUUUCAUAUGCAAGCCACUAAACCUGAUACUGUCGGUAUUGCUCUCUCAGACUCUCCAGCCGGUUUAGCAGCAUAUAUCUUAGAAAAAUUCUCAGCAUGGACUGACAGAGAAAAUAAACAGGCCAUCGAUGGAGCCUUAUUGCAGAAGUUCUCGUUAACACAUCUCCUGGACAAUGUGAUGAUCUACUGGACGACCAAUAGUAUAACCAGUAGCAUGAGGCAUUAUACUGAACAUAUGCAGUUGUGGACAUUAGAUCGAGUCCCAACAGACGUGCCAACAUGGGGUAUCAAGUUCAAAUACAACCUCUGCUUCCAACCGGACAGCAUUCUUAGACUGAAGUAUAGGAACUACUUGCAUAGUUCUAUAGUAGAAGAUGGAGGACACUUCGCUGCUAUGGAACUGCCUGAUGUACUGGCUGAUGAUAUUUUUGAUGCUGUCGAUACUUUCAUUAAGUUCAAUGAGGAAAGGAAAAAAAGCGGACCACAACCUGAACCAGUUGAAUCAAACGCUCAACAAACUCAAUCAAAAACUGCUUCAACCAAACCAACCGAAAAGCCUACUGAAUCAGCCAAGAAACCAACUAAACCAGCUAAACAACCAAAUGAACCAGCGAAGCAACCAAAUGAACCAGCUAACAAACCAACUGAACCAGCCCAGCAACCAACUGAACCAUCCAAACAACCAACACAAGUAGACUACAUGAAAGCGAAAUCGGUUCACGAAUUCACUGUAAAAGACAUCAAUGGCAACGAAGUCAAACUCGACCGGUAUAAAGGACAAGUACUUAUAAUCGUCAAUGUAGCUUCCAAUUGCGGCUACACAAACGUUCACUACAAACAAUUAAACGAACUGUAUGAAAAAUACAGCAACAAAGGUCUACGUAUACUGGCCUUCCCCUGCAAUCAGUUCGCUUACCAAGAACCAGGGAGCCCUGAAGAAAUUUUAAAAUUCACUAAAGCUAAACAAGUGAAGUUCGAUUUGUUUGAAAAGGUCGCUGUCAAUGGCGAAGAUGCUCAUCCUCUUUGGAACUUCUUGAAGAGGAUGCAAGGAGGUACUUUGGGUGACUUUGUUAAAUGGAACUUUUCCAAGUUCAUUGUUGAUAAAAAUGGCGUCCCUGUUGAACGGUUUGGUCCUAAUACUGAUCCUUUGGAAUUGGUACCUUAUUUGGAGAAACUUUUUGAUCAGUAA